UAUCCCUAUCUAUCCACAUGAUGCGGUGAAAGCAAAAGAAACAAAAGCAGGGCAUUGAAUUUGAGCGAUUCUCUCUUAAUUUUUUUGUUUAAAAAGAAAGAAACUAGUAGUACUAGCUAGUAAGUAAGUUGUUAGUUUCUGUUUCAUUACAGGGAUCAUUAAAUAGGACAGGUCAUAAGUCAUGUUCAGUCUCCACUCCUCUCUUGUGCAUGGAAAUGUGUGUCAGUUUCAACUUUCAGCUACAACAACGUUUUCUUCCUUCUUCUCAACCAAUAAAUUCCCUGCUGCCUGCAGAUCUCUUUCUUCUUCAUAACUGAUCUUCCUCAGAUUUAUCUAUUGAUCAAGUCUAAUAUUUCCACUUCAGAUCACUACUUAGUUUCCGACAUGCUUAGAUCAUUAGCCAGGCAGUUCAAGUUUGUUACCAAUGAUCUAUUCAGUAAGCAAGUAAGAUUUUACUCCGCAGAUCAUGGUUCUCGCAGGAGGUUAGAAGGCAAAGUAGCCUUAAUCACAGGAGGUGCAAGUGGGCUUGGCAAGGCCACUGCUUCGGAGUUCAUAAAAAAUGGAGCCCAUGUCAUCAUUGCAGACAUCGAUUCUCAACUAGGGCCACAAGCUGCCAAUGAGCUGGGCCCCGAAGCCCAAUUUGUUCACUGUGACGUGGCCAUUGAGUCCCAAGUAUCAGAAGCUGUAGAAAUUGCCAUGGACCGUCAUGGAAAACUGGAUAUAAUGUUCAACAACGCAGGCAUAGCUGGCCGGGCAUUCCCACUGAGCAUUGCAGAGCUUGACCUAGAUGAAUUUGAUAGGGUAAUGCGGAUCAACGUUCGAGGCAUGGUCGCGGGGAUAAAGCAUGCAGCCCGAGUGAUGGUUCCAGUGGGAUCAGGCUCCAUUCUUUGCACGUCGAGCAUUAGUGGGAUUAUGGGUGGGCUUGGGCCACAUCCAUACACAAUAGCAAAAUUCACAAUACCUGGAAUUGUCAAGUCCGUAGUUAGCGAACUAUGCCAAAGUGGGGUGAGGAUCAACAGCAUUUCACCAGCUCCAAUUCCAACUCCAAUGGUGAUACGUCAAAUAGCUCAAAUAUACCAAGGUGUUCCAAAAGAGAAGGUAAUUGAGAUUAUAAACGGGUUUGGGGAGCUUAAAGGAGCCAAAUGUGAAGAGAUAGAUGUGGCAAAGGCUGCAUUGUACUUGGCCUCAGAUGAAGCCAAGUACGUAACAGGUCAUAAUUUGGUCGUUGAUGGAGGGUUCACCAACUUCAAGAAUCUUAGGUUCCCCGAACAGCUUGUUUAAUACCAUCCCUUUCGUUUUGCUUUCUUCUUUGAUUGCCAUUAUCAUAUUAAUUAAAUUAGCUUUUGCUUGAUAUAAAUAUAUGGA